GUUGCGCGUGCGUCGGUGGAGGUGUGUAGGCUCGGGAGGGUUGGUGAUUUAAGGAUGUGCUGGCCCGCCGAUCAGUCUCUCAGCAAGCACAGGGGGGAUUAGCAUAGCGCAGCACGACCAACCACAACCACAACCGGCCACUUCUGUCGCUCAUCCAUUUAUCUCGCGUAACUUGGUCACUAAGUGAGCAGUGUGUUAUUUCACUAGGACCCUCCGCACCUGCGCUGCCCGUUGUGCUUGAUAGAAUUUCAAGACUGCUGGACGUACAACCCUCGUGCCUGACACCACUAGACCACGUGACCGGGACAGUCGUCACACGCCACCAGACCACAAGUAUCUAACAAAAACUCGACACUGCUAUCAUGGUCCGAACAUCUCUGGUGCUACUUGGAUUACUAGUGGUCGCCCUGUGCCAGGCCCUCCCGAGUGCCAACAGUCACAGCCGCCAGAAGCGAGGCUUCAGAGUCAACUCCGCCAGUCGCGUGGCACAUGGCUACGGCAAGCGACAGUUCAACACGUGGGAUGACGGCGCCCUCAGCAGGGAAUCCACCAGUGAAUUCUUCACAGUACAGUCUCUAGCAAAUCUGGCGGCUGAAAACCCUGCUCUGAUCGAGGCCUUGAUACGGAGGUUUGUGGACACCGACGGUGAUGGCGUCAUCUCAGCGGAAGAGCUGCUGGGCCACCAUGCGCAGUGAGUGUCGGCGCCGAUGGCCCAGUAACUGGGUGGAGGAUGGGAGCAGCAACACCGCCGCUCACAGGCAGGCAGACAGAGGUUCUCCGUUCGCAAGUGAGAGAGAUCCACGCCAAGUCAACAGCACACGAGAAGCGGCUCAACCAGCCUCGUUUUGACUUUGUUUUCGCUGUUAGAAAGCUCUGGCUUUGAGAGUCCUACUGCACUGACCACAGUACACCAGUACAACAAUCGCAGUACAGUACGGUUGUACGUCCACCACGUGCAUCCAUCGUGGGCGUGUCACGUGACUGAUUCAUUCGCACGCCGAAGGACCUGUACAGUUGUGUGCCGCAAAAACCGUUAACCAUUCCUUUUCAUUAAUUUCAACCAUUAAAAGACGAUGUUACCUAUAGCCUCAACUUCUCCUUCACAAACAUAGGCUGCAGUUCUGUGCUUGGCAACUACACUUUUUUUUUUUCUUACUCACCGAGAGACAUUUCUCUCGACCACUGCUCAUUGCUUUACAAAUAAAAUGUGAAUGUCUUUGCUUCACCUUCCGCUUCAUUAAUACACUUCAUUUAAUCUUAGAUGUUACAGGUUUACAUUGUGUUUAAAUGCUUUUUUCGUGUGCAUGUUUUCAAUAUUAUAUUUAAGCUUACUUGUUGUUUCCACUUGAUGGUUCAGCACUUUUUUAGCCGCACUUUGCUUCACGAAAUUAGUCACUAAUAAAAUUGUCUUCACGUGUUUUAGUGAAGAACUUAGAAAUGUUGCAGAUGAAAUGUUGUCACCAUGCAGAUGAAGGUGUUGGAACACUUAUUCUGAUUCAGCCGGCAGUCUACAACAGCCACACCGACAGCAGUAGUAAACUGUUUGUCACUAAGCACACUUCAUGUUAUAAAAACCUUCAGUAGUUACUAACAUGGAUGUAGACGAUCCAGCGAGGUUGCCUUUCCACUUGUAAAAAGCUAGCUUGCGUUACAUUCUAUUGAACUACUAUACUUCAGCUGAGAGAAGUCAGUGAUUUGGGACUUUGGAGAGGGUGUAGAUGUUUAUUUAUUACUCAAUAACAGGCUUAUAGUUUGAAAUAGUGUGUUGUUGGUCGAGCCCUGAUGUAGCCAACUCACGAUUAGUCAAACGCGGUCAGAGGUUGCUAACCUUUGACCAUCCUUCCCUGGUCAUGUCAGACCACCUAUUCAGAAAAAUAACUUGCUAUGCAGAAGGGGUUAAAAUUGUGCUUUGUGGAUUAUAGCAUUAAAUGGUCAGAAAAGAUAAACAUCAUUAAACAGUUUUUUCUGGUAGACUUCGCAAACAUUUCCUGGUGGUGUGAUGCAGUUUUUCUCUGUCGGAAUAAAACAUAGUAAUAUUAUUUAUACUUAUACUGUCUUUUCCACAUUUCUUUUUGAACUUCUGGUUUAAACCUCAUGAGACACAUCUGUCUGUCUGUCUCUUUCUCUCUCUCUCUGCCUCUCUCUCUCUCUCCUCUCUGUGUUUGUGUGUGUCUCUCUCUCUGGCUGUUAACAUCAAGAUAUCUUUUUUGUACUUGAGCAUAGUUACUUGAGUUGGUGAAAAAAUACAUCUUGUCACGAGUAAGAUCCAUUUCUUUAAAAGAAAAUAAUCAAGGAGAUUUCAAAGAGAUUUUUCAUAUCUUUUGAUGCUCUGUCUGAAUAGCAAGAAAGGGUGAAAAUCUGGGUUUUCCUUUCUUGACUGUAAAAAUUAUGAUCGCACCCAUGUCGCCUUGGUGGACUGACGAGUAAAUGACUCUGACAUAAGAAAGCUAGGGGCUCGGUUCCACCGAGUAUUUCUCAUCCUUCUUAAAGCAAAACUUUUCAAAGUAGCUAACAGUGUAUGGUGGCAGCUCGGAAAAGAAACAGAUUCCAUGACUUUUUUAUCUGCUAGUGUUUUUAUGAUGGAAGAGGUCAAAAGUUUAAGAUGAAAUUUUGUUUUGUAAGCAUUUUGUAAUCUUUUUUCAUGAGAUUGUUAGUGACAGUUUCGAGGGCAUAAUCUGUGUAGCACUUUACCAAGAUGGCGCCUUUCUCGCAACUGCUAUUUUUUGAAAGUUUGAGUGUAGUUUUGAUUCUUCACUUUUUCUUGACCUUUAUCAACCCCAGUUUGUUCCUACUUUCAUGGAGCUUUGCGGCGUUCUUACAAGUUGAAUAAAGAUUUUCUACACUUCAUAGGUAACUGGACAGGGAGACAGGUAUAUUGGUGCUAUGUAUGUCAACUGCUUGUAUGUACUAUUAAAUAAAAAAAGGACGUUAUAGGUAUUUAGGUGCAAAGUAAAGACAGACUUAUACCUAUUUAUUUCUAUCUUUAACUUUUGUCAGGUUGUAGUGAGGCACUGGACCCUUCAUCUUCUAUCUUAUACUCACAUCAUCAAGUUCUUACUUCUACGAGCGGCUACUUCCAAUAUCUUCGUACUGCUUCUUUCUACCACCCCACCCAAAAAAAAAUAUUACAGAACGGUUUUGACUGUACGAUAACAAGCGCAGCUAGUGUACUAAAAUUCGUGAAUAAAUCUCUGUGUGUUUGACCACUUGUCACACCUGCACACCUAGGUGUGCUGUUGCUAUUAAGAGCAGGGGAUGGAGGAAUAAAAAUGUCACUGUAGAGAGAGCGGAAGUAUCACAUCCGGGUAUUUCAGGCCCACUGGCAUUGAAGGCAACAAUUAUAUGUCGGGUACAUCACAGAGCUGCAAGGACACCUUGUCCCACUUCCGUGGUGUUGGUGUUGACUCAAGCGUGAAUGGGAUCUCACAUCCUUGUUCUGGGAGUUUAAUUUCAAUCAGUUGUCCUGCAUCGCCAUGCUCCUUGGUUCUUACACGAGAAUCUCCUUCUCCUCCUUCUCCUCUUCCUUCUCCUUCUCCUCCUAUUUCUUGUCUUUAUGUCCUUAUCUCCCUCGUCUCACCAUGUCCAAAUUUUGAAAGUCAAUUCUCGAUUUCAGAAGCAUGUAUGUAAUCUACUUUUUUAUCCAAGGUUGCGUUUUUUCCGUCUGUCAUUAUAGAAUGUAACGCAAGAAACAGCUUUUCACCCUUUACCCAGCAUCCCAGUCAACAUGCUUUUUUUUUUUUUUCUCGUAUCAUGGACACCGUAUUCCACCAAUUAAUUUGGUGCAAUUUCCAGAUCUUGAAGCCUUGGACAUGGAGCAUGAGAAUCUCGGUUUAAGAUUCCCUUCCGGUUCGUGGGUACAGAUAAACUAGUCAGUCUUUAUUCUGUGUAUAAGUCAAGCCUAUGAGCAGCUAUAGGAAUGGUCAAUAGACGCUUUUGAUUGGCAAUGCACGCAGCGCCUGUGUCAAGCCUUCUGUUUGCAAACGAGAUUGUCAACGGACAGAUGUCUACAUUGUUGUCCCGUGACAUCACACCCAAGGCCGCCACCCGGGAAUUACUGUCACAAUGAAACCAUUUACCGGGGCAGACCAGAGCUGCCGGGGGAUGCCACAUCCCAACAGUUUCACAUUGUCUCACGGAAAGCUGAUCACAAUUGCUGAAGAACCGCGGGUACACCUACUACGGGUUUCCGAUUAGGGGUAGCGAACGUUUGGGUGUGAGCAUCGCUGAGAGACAUCUUCUCGUGGGGGCGGUGUGAACACUGAACACGUGAUGCUUGUGAACAGUUGUGCUGCGAGACACACGCCUAAUUGUUUAUCAACACCCCAGGCUAAUUUUUGCCUCAUUUCAGUUGGCAUACUAUGAAAGCCCUUAACAGCGUGUUCUGAUCAUCUGGUAUGUGUCUUAGUUGUGUGUCGUUUGUUUGUUUGUUUGUUUGUUUGUGUGUUUGUUUGUUUGUUUGUUUGUUUGUUUUUGUUUCGUGUGUUCAAGUAGUGUGGGAGAGAGAGAAAGAGAGCGAGUGGGUGUGCGUGAGUGAGAGUAUGUGUGUACGCGUGAGGUGAGAGGUUAUAUGUGUGUUUACCUUAAUGAUGUAGUACCUACAUACACUAUGUGCUGUAACGGCUAUGUACCGGACUCAUGUUAACAUUUUAAUAACUACAGCUUAUUUGCUCGCCAUACGUCGACAGAUCAUUUAACAUCUAUUAUAUAAAAUAGGAUUUAAACUUAGCAUUGUAAUCUUUACUGUUGUUGUCUUUAGUUGCAGUUAUUGACUUCUGUUUAAAAACAGAAAUAUUAUUUCAUCCGAAAAAAAAAUUUUUGAUGACCUCUGAUGAAACUUAGUUAAGUCUGUGCAGAUGUUGACGCCACUUAGUUAAGACUGUGCCAUGAAGGCGACCAGAAAAGUCUUGUGAAGUUGCCAGGACAACUUAUAUUCUCUGUGUUUAUCUGUCAGUCUAGUGUGCGGUGCACUUCAAUGCAAAUGAACAAAAAAAAAAUCAUUAUCAUAGAGUGGCUUGUUAAAAUUUCCAGAGUAAAAAUUUUGUUCAAAAUUCACAUCUCUGUUGUUGUGUUUGAGCUCAACAUUUUUCUUAAAGAAAAUUAGAACAAUCGUCUUGAAGAUUAUCUGAAAAAAAUUGAUUUGUGUUCGUCUGCUCCAUAACUAAGAAAAUGGUUCUUCAAGCGAAUAAGUGAUUCAAACUGAAAAAAAAUAUUUGAUAAAAUUAUGUCCAGAUGGGAAUUUGUCAGCAUCACUGGCUAUAUGGAGUUGGAUGGACUGUCGAAUAUACUUCCUUUUACUCACUUGUUUAUUUUGUGACAUCACGUGUAUGAUAUUUUUUAUUCACUCGUUUGUUUAUUUGAAGCAGUCAGGCGUCUUUGUCAGCUCUGUAUAAAGCUUAGUUUGUAGAUUCUGACAUUUUUCGGUUAUUUUGACCUUUGAUGUACUCGUUACUGUCCAUGGACACAUUUAUUCCAAAAAGACUUUUCUGCUGUCUGACAUGAUAAGGUAAGCCUUGUCUGCUGUUGAAACCGGUUUGAACGUGAUAUAGUGUCUGCUGUUGAAACCGGUUUGAUGAAAUCCAUGUCUGCUGUAUCCCUUUGCGGCGCUUGCGAAUGUCCCGACCUCUGCUCCUCCUGUACUGUUUUAGACAAUAAACUCUGUGCUUUACACGAGC